AUGCAGGUCUCCGGCGGCUUCGGCAGGCUGACCGGACUGUCUUUCCGGGCAAGUCCACAGAGUGAGGAGGACAAGGAACACCACAAAAUGGCUGUGGCAUGGCUUCUGGGGCAGGCCAAGGAGCUUGUCUUCCUCAGCCUCGACCUGGUGGGCCUGCCAUAUUUGCCUCACCUGUCCCACAUCCAGCACCUGCAGCUAGAUGUGUCAGGUGGAGCCUUCCCAAGGCUGGCACCUGUGCUCACAACACUGGUCACUUUACGGACGCUCUACCUUGAAUCCACAGAGACACAGGGCGCGCAGGAAGAGGCUACGGGCCUGGACUUGCAGACCUUGACUGAACUGGAGAGUGUCAUGCUGGAUGGAGCCGUGCCAUCCGCCCUGACUCUGGCCGAGGGCACUUCCCUGCGUGUGACUGUGUCACAGAUGCCUCACCACACCAGCCUCCCCCCAGAGAUCUGGCAAGCCAUCGCUCGGUACCUGAGCGCUCGAGACUGGGCCAGAGUGGCAGGCGUGUGCAAGACCACCUGGCAGCUUCGACUGCCAGAAGUGCGCAUCAAGCAGAACGAAUUACGCCAGGGUACUCUCUGUAGGGAAGGCGCUGCGUGGCUGCUGAAGAGGGCCCAGCUGGCACGAGAACUCUUGCUGGAUCUUCCCGGUGACAUUGCUGAGCUGCAGGCCACCCUCACAGCUCUCAUGCAGGACAAGCCAAGGGGCUGGAAUUUCUGA